AUGGAGUUGAAGCAAUCCAUCUCCAGCAGUUUAGGAGCCGAGAAACCACUGAGGAGCUACGGGGCGGUGAAAGAGACGGAGUGGAAACCCACCGAUGGGCUCGGGAAAAAGAAGGAAGAAGACAAGGAGAUAGCUGAUUUCCUACGGCUUAAGUUGAAACCUUUGGACAAUGUUGUACAAUCUCCAACCAGGGUACCUACAGAGAAGAAAUCUGAGCCACCGCCACCACCAUCCCUUCCUCCUAACAAGCCCACCAUUGCCAAAACCAGCGCUGCUCUCAUUAAGGAUUGCUGUGGGAUGACCCAGUGCGCCAUCAUGUAGCUCUAAGCAUCUCUCUCGGGCGACGCCUUCUGCUUGACCCACUUGCCCCGUUGGUCUUAAAAAAAAACCAACCCAACAACCACUGGUGGGCGAAGGAACCAGGACAUCAAGCAUCCAGAUAUUCUUGAUCGUUGACUCUCCUGUUGUAAUUUCUUACAGUAACUUGUGUGCCGAAAUGUGCUAUUCUUGGUGACUCUUUGAUGUUGCAUAGACCUCAGCGAGCAUGCCCUAGGUUAAGACGAGGAGACCUUAACUAUAACCAGAAUACAGAGAAGAAGCGUGAGGUGUAGACAUAGACGGGGGGGAGGGGGGGAAAAUGGCUUGUGGGUAAACAUCGGGGGACACCCGUUAUCUCUAGAGAUGCAUCCUCCCCCUGGCUUGGCUCCACAUUUUCUCGAUUUAGCACAGGAUGCUAAGUCGUCUCCGUGAGGUAGGAAGAACAGCCAAGGUGAAUGCUAUGCUUAGCAUGCUGUGUGAAUGUAUCUGCUAGGUCUUGAUCUGGCGUGAACAAGUCUUGAAUCCAGCCGAUAGGUAGAUUCUGCGUAGGUGUGGGAUCGGUUCUUAGCCUAACGCCAGCUCUGAGGUAGAAAUAACCACGUAGCCGUUUUAAUGAUCUCCUGAGCACUGGAUACAUCCCACCCCUUCUUCCUUUUAACAGGCGGUAUUUGAUCGGUGGGCGAAAGGAGGCAAACACCUUCUGGGUGGCUGGGUUGGGUCCUUUUCACGAUGA